UUAUAUUUGGAGGUACUGCUCCGUUUCUUGCAGGAGCAUCUCUCCCGCUGCAUCGGGAGGGACAACGCACUCCAACAAAAUGACACCGACUCCUCUUUUUCUGCUGCUUGGGUUCGCUUUCCUUAUAGGGAAUCGAGCACUUCCAGUGGGCAAGGAUGGCCAAAGAGAAGAUGUGGUGACAAGAUGUUUGGUGGAGGUUCUAUCCAAAGCGCUCUCCCAACCGGACUCCCAACUGGAUCAAGAGUGCAAAGAGAUUCUCCGAGCAGGAAUUAAACGUGUGCCGCCGGAUAAGAAGAGCAAUGAAGAGCAGGAUAAAGAUCACGUAGAGGAGCCCGAGGUCAAGGAUGCAGAAGACAUCCAAGAAUUUCUGAGGUCUGUGGAGCCCAAUCAGGUGACCCCAGAGGGCGGACACAAUCAGGAAUCCUGGAGUUUGGAGAAAAGGCACCAGGAAGAUGAUGGCGAGGUAGAGGAGGAACGGGAGAAGAGAAGCAGCUGGAGGCCAGGACGGUUCCACCAGAAGCCCAAACGCGACAAGGAGCCUUUGGGAGAAGAUGAGGAAGAGGACUACGAACGCAGUCAGGAGUCGUGGGGGCUUGACAAUGAAAGGGACAAGAGGAAAUGGAGGCCUAGGGGAUACCAAAGAAGACAUAAGAGGGAUGAAGAACUGUCAGAGGAACCCAGAGAGGAACCAGAUGAGGAACGCAGUCAGGAAUCCUGGGGGCUCGACGGUGAAAGGGACAAGAGGAAAUGGAGGCCUAGGGGAUAUCAAAGGAGACACAAGAGGGAUGAAGAACUGUCAGAGGAACCUAGAGAGGAAGCAGAUGAUGAACGCAGCCAAGAGUCGUGGGGGCUCGACGACGAGAGGGACAAGAGGGAAUGGAGGCCUGGGAGAUAUCACCAAAGAAGACACAAACGUGAUGAGGAACUGUCAGAGGAACCUAGAGAGGAAGCAGAUGAUGAACGCAGUCAAGAGUCGUGGGGGCUCGACGAUGAGAGGGACAAGAGGGAAUGGAGGCCUGGGAGAUAUCACCAAAGAAGACACAAACGUGAUGAGGAACUGUCAGAGGAACCUAGAGAGGAAGCAGAUGAUGAACGCAGCCAAGAGUCGUGGGGGCUCGACGACGAACGGGACAAGAGGGAAUGGAGGGCCGGGAGAUACCAUCAGAGGAGACACAAGAGGGACGAAGAAUUCUCAGAGGAUCCGGAUGACGAACGCAGUCAGGAAUCCUGGGAUUUUGAUACUGACCGAUACAAGAGGGAUUGGAGACCUGGGAGAUAUCACCAAAGGAGACACAAGCGUGAUGAGGAACUGUCAGAGGAUCCAGAUGAGGAACGUAGCCAGGAAUACUGGGAUUUUGAUACUGACCGAUACAAGAGGGACUGGAGACCUGGGAGAUACCACCAGAGGAGACACAGGCGGGACGAAGAACUCUCAGAGGAUCCAGAUGAGGAACGCAGCCAGGAAUACUGGGAUUUUGAUACUGACCGAUACAAGAGGGAUUGGAGACCUGGCAGAUAUCACCAGAGGAGACACAAGCGUGAUGAAGAACUGUCAGAGGAUCCAGAUGAGGAACGUAGCCAGGAAUCUUGGGAUUUUGACACCAAUAGAUACAAGAGGAACUGGAGACCUGGGAGAUACCACCAAAGAAGACACAAGCGGGACGAGGAACUCCCAGAGGAAGCCCGAGAGGAACCCGAUGAGGACCGUAGCCAGGAAUCCUGGGACUUUGGCAAAGAGAAGAAGGCCUGGAAGCCUUGGAGAUACUACCAGAAAAAGCCUAAGCGUGAUGAAGAACUCUCCGAGGAAAAGAGAGAGGAAUCAGAUGGAGAACGCAGUCAGGAGUACUGGAGCUUUGACAAGAGACAUGACGAAGAUGACCACAACAACAAAUACCACAAGCAUGGAGGGGAGGAGCUGUCUGACGACGAAGACCUGAGGGACGAUUCUGACAAUCCUGAGGAGAAAAGUGAAGCUCUGAGGUACUUGCCUGACAAAAGAAACCCGUGGAUCUACAGAGGCUACUACCAUCCCGCCUGGUUCAAAAGAAAUCCAGAAGACCAUGAAGCUCCAAACAAGAUGGACGAGGCGGCCAAACAGCUCGGUCUCAAACUCGACCAGCUCGUCAAACAGGAGGCGUCAGAGGGAGCCGAGCAAGCGAGGGCGCUCACUCCGCGCGAGGAGAAAGCACUGGAAAACUUGGCGGCAAUGGACGAGGAGAUGAAGAAAAUGUCCGCCAAGCUGCAUGAGAAAAAAUGAGCUACGCUUUUAAUGUUUGUUUCGUCUGCCGAGUUGAAGUGCACCCCCAAAAAUGUCAACCGUUGCUUAAAACAAAACAAGCCUCUUGUCGUAUUUGUGCUAUUUUGAUGUGACAUUGUGAACGCGUGCAUGGAAAUGUUUUUGGUGUUUAGAUGUAGAAAUAAUAUUCACUGAUGUCAUUGUCUUUUCAAGUGCUUGUGUUCAAUAAACGAGUUAUUCUGGGAA